CCGGUUAUUUCUCUCUGUUUGCAGGCCUGUACACGGUAUUUCAACCUAGCACUGCUAGUGUGAUAGCCAGCUCCUCUCUGCGAAAGUUGUAUUGCCUGCUGAGGGACGCCGCGGUCUGUUUACUCUCCCCGGACGCCGUCGCCCCUCCAACCCGCCUCAUGCCUUUCUGUCCAUGCGACCGUUGUGACAGCCCCUCGCUCUUGAACCGCACUCAAUCUCGUGUCCCACGUGCUUUAUUUGGUCAUGGAGAAGUUUCUGCGCUCCUGGCGUCAGGAUGCGCUGAACCGGGGCCAGCAUGAUGCGGCCAUCUACAUUGGCGAUAAAGUGCUUGCGCUAACCAACAGCGACUCUGAUGCCUUUUGGCUCGCACAAGUACAUUUUUCGAACAACAACUACGCCCGUGCCUUGGCCCUCCUGUCACGAAAAGACCUGAUCUCCAGAAGUACGGCUUGUCGCUAUCUGGCCGCACACUGCCACAUCAAACAGAAUCAGUUCGAUCAGGCACUCUCAGUCCUGGGCGAUCAUAAUCCUACGCAUCUUAUACGCAGCAGCAAUAGUCGCCGCAAAAUCCAACACCUUAACGGUCAAAGCCAUGUUACCUUGCGGAACGGAAAGACGACAGCGUCGCGCAUCGAUCGGGGCGAAGAGCGAGAGCGGGAGGAUGCAAAUAACGUUCGGUUUGAGGCGGCGAUGUGUUACUUACGGGGACUCUGCUUUGCGAAACAAAAUGCGUUUGACCGUGCUCGCGACUGCUACAAGGACGCCGUACGCAUUGACGUGCAGUGCUUCGAGGCUUUUGACCAGCUUAUGAAGAACUCCCUCAUGUCUCCGGCAGAGGAGCUGGAAUUCCUCGAGUCCCUUGAUUUCGACUCCGUGUCGAGUCCCGACCAGUCAGUCGCGCAGGAGGCCGCCCACUUUACGAAGAUGCUUUACACCACCCGAUUGUCGAAAUAUUCAUCGCCUACGAUCCUCUCAGACGCUACCGAAACCCUAUCAACUCACUACAACCUAGCGGAGAAUCCGGAUAUUCUGCUUUCUCGCGCUGAAGCUCUAUAUACGCAAUGCCGAUUUGCUGAAGCUUUGGAACUGACUUCGUCAGUUCUGUCCACAUCUCAGUCUGCGGUUUCGUCGCAGAUGACGCCUGCAGUCCAUAUUUCUGCCCAAAGCCACCUGGGACAUCCGCCAGCCGUGUACCCCUUGCAUUUGGCUUGCUUAUAUGAGACGGGCGCCACGAACGCCCUGUUCCUUCUGUCCCAUACGCUUGCCGAUCAUGCUCCCGAGGAGUCUUAUACAUAUCUCGCAAUUGGUGUUUAUUACUUGUCCGUCUCUAAGAUCGCUGAAGCUCGACGCUAUUUCUCCAAAGCGUCUCUUUUGGACCCGCAUUCUGCGCCAGCAUGGAUUGGCUUCGCUCAUACCUUUGCUGCCGAAGGUGAGCACGAUCAAGCCAUUGCGGCGUAUAGCACUGCAGCUCGGCUUUUCCAGGGCAGUCAUUUGCCGCAGCUCUUCCUGGGAAUGCAACAUCUUGCGCUAAACAACAUGUCCUUGGCCCAUGAGUACCUGUCGGCCGCCUAUUCCAUGUCGACCGGAUCCGCGUCUAGCUCUGCUCCCUCUAUAAGGGCCAAUCCGUCGGAACUCACCUCUUUGGGUGGUGACCCGCUCGUACUCAACGAGCUGGGUGUAGUUUUGUACCAUCAGAAUCACCUCGAGGGCGCCGUCGAGCUGUUCCGUCAGUCCCUCACGCUGGCCACAUCGCUUCAAUGUGAACCUGGGGCCUGGGUUGCCACGCGAGCUAAUCUCGGGCAUGCCCUGCGACGUAUCGGUCAAUUCCAAGAGUCACUGGCCGAGUUCGACGAGUGUCUUCGCAUUGGUGCGGCGGGUGCAAGCUUCGGGUACAGCCCGUUCCUAGGAGGCAGCGGAGGAAAUGCCUCUGGAGUCGCCUCAUCCGGAGUUGGAGGGUACGAGGAUCGAGGGUUGAUUGGAUCCCUGCACACUGCUCGCGGCCUGGUGCUGUUGGAGCUGAACCGCACCAUGGAAGCCGUUACAGCCCUGCAUGAGGCAGUACGUGUCUUGGGAGCGAGUGGUGGUGGUGAUGCAGCUGGUGGUGCCGGCAUUGCUGGCACGCUCUUAUCGCGAGCACUGGAAAUCUGGGCAUUAGAGGGCCAGGAAGAGCCGGUGGUGUUAGAGGAUGCUCGGACCACCACAAGCCGCAGCUCGACACGGUCUUCCAAGGGAAAGGGGAAAGUAUCUCGACGACGUGGGACUGUGGACGAAGCAUACGCCGAGGAGUGGACCGAUGAGGUUGCUCACGUCGACAGCCAAACCACAGUCACAGAGGAGACAGCUGGAGACAAGGUGGAGAUGGAACUUGAUGACGAGGCUGAUGGACUCCUCCGACAUGCUAUGAGCCGUGUACGCGGCGGACGAAGCAAGCGACAGCCAGGCCUGAGUCGGGAUAUGGAAAUGAACGACACGCCAGGGCCGGCGGGAGGGCGCAGCCGUGGGUCGCGGAUGCGAAGCAACGCUAGACAUAGUUGAAGGACACAGGAAACAUUGGAGCAUAGCGACUGGGCGUUUGGAGAGGUAUACCCUGGUUUUGUCAUUGGAGCUGGCACCAUGGUUCGGUUAUAGCAUUGGAG